AUGGAGAACAGGAACAAUGUGACAGAGUUUGUUCUACUGGGGCUCACACCGAAUCCAAAGAUGCAGAAAGUCAUAUUUGCUGCUUUUUUGGUCAUCUAUAUCAUCACUAUGGUAGGAAAUAUGCUCAUCGUGGUCACCGUUACUACCAGUUCAUUACUGGAAUCCCGCAUGUACUUUUUCCUAGCUUAUCUCUCCUUUAUUGAUGCCUCUUAUUCUUCCGUCAAUACUCCCAAGUUGAUCGUAGAUUCACUCCAUGAACGUAAAACUAUCCUAUUCAAUGGAUGCAUCACCCAAAUCUUUGGGGAAUAUUUCUUUGGAGGAGCUGAGGGCAUCCUUCUUACUGUGAUGGCCUAUGACCGUUUUGUGGCCAUCUGCAAGCCCUUGCACUAUACAACCAUCAUGAAUCGGUGAGUGUGUGGACUUCUAGUGGCAGUGGUGUGGGUGGGAGGCUUUCUUCACGCAACCAUACAGAUCCUCUUCAUCUUCCGCUUGCCCUUCUGUGGCCCUAACGUCAUAGACCACUUUAUGUGUGACCUGAACCCUUUGCUCAAUCUUGCCUGCACUGAUACCAACACUCUCGGGCUCUUUGUCGCUGCCAACAGUGGCUUCAUCUGCCUGUUAAACUUCCUCCUUUUGAUGGUCUCCUAUGUGGUCAUCUUGCGCUCCCUAAGGACCCAUAGCUUAGAGGCGAGGUGCAAGGCUCUGUCCACCUGUGUCUCCCACAUCACCGUGGUCAUCUUAUUCUUUGUGCCUUGUGUAUUUGUGUACAUGAGACCUGCCGCUACUUUAGCAAUUGAUAAAGCAGUUGCUUUAUUCUACACUAUCAUCACUCCCAGGUUAAAUCCCUUAAUCUAUACUUUGAGAAAUGCCCAGAUGAAAAAUGCCAUUAGGAAAUCGUGUAGUAGGAAAGAAAUUUUGGGUGAUAAAUAA